UUUCCAAAAAGCAAAAACAAAAAGAGAGAGAGAGAGAGGAAAAAAAAUCCAAAACAAACAAACAAACAAACAAGGCAGAACCAACCUCUACUUCAAACCAGCCGGCACAAGCCACCCGUGUCCGCCACCCAGAGAGGGGGGUCUCUGGCCCGUGGUGGAGGAGUUGCAGGGGGGAUCGCCAGGGGGACAGAGGCCGAGUGACGCCCUAGGAGCCACCGGGCAGGAGGCGGAGGAGACCCAGAGAGGCGAGAGAGCAGCGGGCCCCCGCGCGCGGCUCGGGGCUGGGGCGCCAGAAGUGGGACUGGAGCGAAGUAGAGCGAUGCCAAGGAGGAAACAGCAGGCACCCAAGCGGGCGGCAGGCUACGCCCAGGAGGAACAGCUGAAGGAACAGGAGGACAUAAAAGAAGAAGAGGAGGAAGAGGAGGACAGUGGUUCGGUAGCUCAGCUUCAGGGCAGCAAUGACCCAGGGACAGACGAGGAGCUAGAAACGGGCCCAGAGCAGAAGGGCUGCUUCAGCUACCAGAACUCUCCCGGAAGCCACUUGUCCAAUCAGGACGCGGAGAACGAGUCUCUGCUGAGCGAUGCCAGUGACCAGGUGUCAGACGCCAAGAGCGUCUGUGGUCGGGAUGCCCCGGACCAGAAAGCCAACGUGCACCCCAAGCUGCCCAGCGAAAGCCACAACUGCAUGGAUAAAAUGACCGCCGUCUACGCCAACAUCCUGUCGGAUUCCUACUGGUCGGGCCUGGGCCUCGGCUUCAAGCUGUCCGGCAGCGAGCGGCGGAACUGUGAUGCCCACAAUGGCAGCAGCAAGACUGAUUUCGACUGGCACCAAGACGCGCUGUCCAAAAGCCUCCAGCAGAACUUGCCUUCCCGAUCCGUGGGGAAGCCCAGCCUGUUCAGCUCGGUGCAGCUCUAUCGGCAGAGCGCCAAGAUGUGCGGCUCCGUGUUCACCGGGGCCAGUAGGUUCCGCUGCCGACAAUGCAGCGCCGCCUACGACACCCUGGUCGAGCUGACCGUGCACAUGAAUGAAACGGGCCACUACCAAGAUGACAACCGCAAGAAGGACAAGCUGCGCCCCGCCAGCUACUCGAAGCCCCGGAAGAGGGCUUUCCAGGAUAUGGACAAGGAGGACGCUCAGAAGGUUCUCAAGUGCAUGUUCUGUGGCGACUCCUUCGAUUCCCUCCAAGAUCUGAGCGUCCACAUGAUAAAAACAAAACAUUACCAAAAAGUGCCUUUGAAGGAGCCAGUCCCAACCAUUUCCUCGAAAAUGGUCACUCCGGCCAAGAAACGCGUCUUCGACGUCAACCGACCGUGCUCCCCCGAUUCGACCACGGGCUCGUUGGCAGAUCCGUUCUCUUCCCAGAAGCCCGCCGGCCUGCCACUGUCGUCCAACAACCGGUACGGCUACCAGAACGGCGCCAGCUACACCUGGCAGUUCGAGGCCUGCAAGUCCCAGAUCCUCAAGUGCAUGGAGUGCGGGAGCUCACACGACACCCUGCAGCAGCUCACCACCCACAUGAUGGUCACCGGCCACUUCCUCAAGGUCACCAGCUCGGCCUCCAAGAAGGGGAAGCAGCUGGUGCUGGACCCACUGGCCGUGGAGAAGAUGCAGUCGCUGUCGGACGCCCCGAGCAGUGACUCGCUGGCUCCCAAGCCGUCUGGGAACUUGGCUUCUGACGGCGCGGCCUCUACCACCGAGCUGAAGAAAGAGGGCAAGAAGGAAAAACCAGAGGAGAGCAACAAGGAUGAGAAAGUCAUGAAGCAGGAGGAGUAUGAGGACCCUCUGCAAAAGCCUUUAGACCCCACCAUAAAAUACCAGUAUCUAAGGGAGGAGGAUUUGGAGGACGGCUCCAAGGGCGGAGGGGACAUUUUGAAGUCAUUGGAAAAUACCGUCACCACAGCCAUCAACAAGGCCCAGAACGGGGCUCCCAGCUGGAGCGCGUACCCCAGCAUCCACGCAGCCUACCAGCUGUCGGAGAGCACCAAGCCUGCUUUGCCCAUGGGAUCCCAAGUCCUGCAGAUUCGACCUAACCUCACCAACAAGCUGAGGCCAAUUGCACCCAAGUGGAAAGUGAUGCCGCUGGUCUCGGUGCCCGCCAACCUGGCCCCAUACACCCAAGUGAAGAAGGAGCCCGACGACAAAGAGGAAGCCGCCAAGGAGUGCGGGAAAGAAAGCCCCCGGGAGGAGGCAUCGCCUUUCAGCCACAGUGAGGGAGACGCUUUCUCCAAAAGCGAAACCCCUUCCGAGUCCCAGAAGGCCGAGUCUUGCCUCCUGAAGGAGGAGGCCAGGCUGGCGGAGGAGGGUGGCGAGCCCGAGAAACGCGCGCCCCUGGAGCCCGCGCCCUCUCUCAGCAACGGGUGCACCCUCCCCACGCGGGCGCCGGCCCUGCCGAGCAUCAACCCGCUCAGCGCCCUGCAGUCCGUCCUCAACAAUCACCUGGGCAAGGCCACGGAACCCCUGCGCUCCCCUUCCUGCUCCAGCCCGAGCUCAAGCACAAUUUCUAGGUUCCACAAGUCCAGUCUCAGCGUCAUGGACAAGCCGGGCUUGAGUCCCGCCCCCACGCGGCCGGCCUCCGUGUCCAGGCGCUACCUGUUCGAGAGCAACGAUCAGCCCAUCGACCUGACCAAGUCCAAGAGCAAGAAAGCCGAGUCCUCGCAAGCACAGUCCUGCACGUCCCCGCCUCAGAAGCACGCUCUGUCUGACAUUGCCGACAUGGUCAAGGUCCUCCCCAAAGCCACCACCCCGAAGCCCGCCGUUUCCUCACGGGCCCCCCCCAUGAAGCUGGAAAUGGACGUCAGGCGCUUCGAGGAUGUCUCCAGCGAGGUCUCAACUUUGCAUAAAAGGAAAGGUAGGCAGUCCAACUGGAACCCUCAGCACCUCCUGAUCUUGCAGGCACAGUUCGCCUCAAGCCUCUUCCAGACGUCCGAGGGCAAGUACCUGCUGUCCGACCUGGGCCCUCAAGAGCGAAUGCAGAUCUCCAAGUUCACGGGGCUCUCGAUGACCACCAUCAGCCACUGGCUGGCAAACGUCAAGUACCAACUUAGGAAGACGGGCGGGACAAAGUUUCUGAAAAACAUGGACAAAGGACACCCUAUCUUUUAUUGCAGUGACUGUGCCUCCCAGUUUAGAACCCCUUCUACUUACAUCAGUCACUUAGAGUCACACCUAGGUUUCCAAAUGAAGGACAUGACCCGCAUGGCCGUGGAACAGCAAAGCAAGGCAGAACAACAGAUCUCCCGGGUGUCGUCGGCUCAGAGGUCUCCGGAAACAAUAGCUGGUGAAGAGGACACAGACUCUAAAUUCAAGUGUAAGUUGUGCUGUCGGACAUUUGUGAGCAAACAUGCAGUAAAACUCCACCUAAGCAAAACGCACAGCAAGUCACCCGAACACCAUUCACAGUUUGUAACAGACGUGGAUGAAGAAUAGCUCUGCAGGUAUGGGUUUGCUCCCAGGUGAUGGGACAGUAGCCUUGUGAGGAGCUUCUUGAUGGGAGAUGGGUCCAUUUAGAGGCAGCUCAUGUCUCUCAGUACCAAGAGGACAGUAGCCUGCUGGAAUAGGACUUAUUUGUAUGAGAGACUAGAACAUGAUAAGUCCUAACCGUCUCAAUGUCUCCCGGUUAGAGUUGGUGGAUAGAAUGAAAUGGGUUCAGAGAGAUGGAGUUCACAGGUUACCACUUCGUGAUAUGUGACCCCCUUACUGACCCAGGGCCCAACUCUGAAGGUCCAGCCAAGGCUACGCCUCGUUUUAAUUAAUAUGUACGGACUUCCGUCACUGCCCCUGUUCACCCCUCACCUUCCCAUAGCGAUGCUAAUGACUUAGAAAGUGAGUGAAGGGUGAGCAGCAGAACGAACAGUGUAGAGUUCCUGGGGGCAGCCGCUAUGCAGAGAUUUCUUAAUCAGCUUGUGAACUUUAUUGUUAUUACUUGUAAUUAAUGCUUUUUGCAGCUUCCUUUCGGGGCAAUUGCUACCUUCCCCUUCCGUUCCUCUCUUUCUUGCCUCCAGUAGGUUUGCUAGGAGAGAGCAUCUGCCCUGUAGUCAGAUGGCAGGAAAAUAUUCUCUGCAGAACAUUGAGGUGAAAAGAGAGGAAGCUUAUUUUCUUCUCUCGUCCUCUGGUUUGCUUUAGGAUAGGCUAAUAUCAGCGUCCACCUUUAACAAGAUAGAUGCGCUGCAUGCCCUUGAGAGUUUACUUUACCUAAAGAAACAGAUGACUUUCUGAACACCCAUCGCCAAUGGGCAUGGGGUCGGUCCCACAGCUUCAAGAUCCUUUGCAUCAUGUAUCAGAGAAGUUCUGUGCCUUGUAUAGUCACCGGUGCCCAGACUCUCUAUGUCACCUCCAGGAAAGAGGACAGAGACCAGGGUCAAAUACCUUGGCAGGCUUUCCACACCCACUGCUUUCAAAUGUUUCCCAGGCUGGGUCUUCACACACAAUCCUUUCAUCUCCUUUUUUUUUUUUUUUGUAUUUUGUCUGCUUCCUUCUCUCUCCUCCUCAGCAUGAUACCCCCUACAUGCUAGGGACCCCUACACAUAUUCGAGUUGUCCUCCACCUCAGGCCCCACACUCAACGGGGACCUGACCUGACUUAAAGCUUCAGCACGGGCAAGUCCAGUUAAUGCCAUGCUAGGUGACCGAUUCGGUCUUUUGGUUACUUCACAGUAAGAGUUAUCAACAGUCAGUAAUAACAUAUAAGCCCUCACCACCCCGUACUGUCAGAGCAUUUGUUCCUAAAUAGGAGACUUUCAGAUCAAGGUCUGAGCAAUAGCUGAGCUCCAGGCGGAGGAAGGGUACUUAUCGGGUGUGGCUUUGCGCUUGCCUCGCGGUCAGGUGGGGAGAUUUGCCAAAUGUGAGGAUGGUCAAGAUGAAAUAAAGGGUGAAAAUCUGGGACUGUCCCCUUACUGAGAAGAUCUAAGAGCUUCCAAUGAAGGGGGAAUCCCAUCCUAUAACUCUAAUGGUUCCGUGGGCCCAAAUGAACACUGUUGUUUUGUUUGCAUGUUUUUAUCAUGAUAAUUAAAAUGUGUUACUAGCAGAUUCAUCUCUUGCUUUCCAAGCAUGAUUUGUUCAGCUCACACCAUUGAAAGAAAAGCCAAAACUCAUCUAUUGAAUCUAUAAAUGAGCUUGGGGCUUGGCAACAUUCUAUUUAUUUGCUAUAUAACAUUUUAUAUCUUAUGUAACUUGCUAUUAUACUUUUCUGGUCCUUGGAAAAAAAAAAAAAAAAAAAGGGGGUUAAUAAAA